CUGAUUACAUAAGCAGUGCUAGCUCAAAGAAAAACAGACUGAGGACGGUCAACAGGAUCAGCAGAACGACCGAGAACCAAAAACAGCAGCAACAAGAACAAGAACGAAGCCAUGGAAUCACCAACAUCAUCAGAGGAAGAGUUUCAUAGACUCAGGAGCAGCGCACAAGACGAGAAUAACAAAACAUUCGAACAACGAUUUCAGGAUAUCUUUGGUCAACAGCAACAAGACCAAGGACAACAGAUAGCAGCAGCAGCAGCAGAGGAACAAGAACAAGAUGCAAAAGGAGGAGAUGUAGAAGAAGACGAAGAAGAAGAAGAAGAAGAAUUUAUAUACGAUGGACAGGAUGUCAAGCUAUUCGAUGAUGAGGAAGAUGAAGAAGACCAGAAGGAUUAUGCAACAAAACUCGACGAGAUCCUACGCUCAAACCAACUACGUCAUCACCAACAACCGAACUCACCAGGAUCGAUGGACGAAGAACAGGCCGACGAUCCUGAAGGUGAGCCGAUCAUCCUAUCGGAUACCAAGACUAAUGGCCAAGACCAUCCAGUACUCGAGUCCUUCAUCGAACUCGCCGAAUCCGACGAUGGCUCCGUAAAAGCACCGAUCAUUCAUCCUCCACAUAAACCUAACCUUCCCAUCUUAAAUCACAAUCAUCAUCAACAUCAGACUAGCCAGUCACCUCUAUCACCUCCUGUUGUCAUUCCACCCGACGAUCCAUCUCCAAGUUCAAGUCCAAGUACAAGUAUAUCACAAAGGAUUGGAUUCAACCGAAGAUCGAGUUCGAUCACACCAUCCCACUCGAUCACAGGCUCAAACACCUCCUCAAAUCUAUGGUUUACCAGCAAGAUUCGACCCCACAAUUCCAAUUUCUCUCGCCUGCGAUCAUUACGUCCAUCCUCAACGACCAACAAUUCACCUUCCUCACUACAGCUACCCAACCAAAGAUGCGUGUCCUCUUCAACGCUAGCAUCCUACCAUUCGUACGACGAUCGAUCGCCCAAAUUGAGACACCAAUCCGAACAACCUUACUCACCUACCCCAUCGCUCAUCGAUCGAAACCAUUCAAACCACUCAAACGGUCUUCAAAGUCCAUCGAUCAUCGUCGAACCCAACGCCCAGGAAUUCUCGAGUACUGGAAUCUUCAGAUGGGCUUCUCUCCGUCGAAUCACUCAGAAAAUUUAUUCGGUGCCCAGAAGACUUCAUCCAUCCACCAUCGUCUCUUCGGCUAACUCCCCUUCAAACACCCUCCUCGGAUUGCCUACGGUGAUCGCGACCAGUGGGGUUAUUGUCGUGGGCACAGCCAAGGGCUGGGCGAUGGUGUUUGAUUAUGCCUCUAAUCUAAAAUGUGUAUUGGGCAGUGAUGCGGUUGUUAGAGAUGCUGGAGCUGUUUCGGCGCUCUCGAUCUCACACGAUCACACCUUCGUUGCCGUCGGCCACAUCAUGGGUCAUAUCUACCUCUACGACCUUGCCAAGCCGAACCCACCGACCCGGACGGUACUGCCGACGAGCUUACGACUUGUACAGGAAGGAAGGGCUGAAGGUCAUCUGCUGGGGAACCGGAUCAUUCAUAUCGACUUUAUCGGCCUUCGACACACCGCCAUCGUCUCCGCCGAUGAAACGGGCCUGGCCUUUUAUCACGCGCUCGGACAAGUCUUAGGAUUAGCAUCAACCGAUGUGAUUAGGAUCUUGGGCAAGUAUCCCGAUCAGGGAACGAUGGGGCCCCAAAAUGGCCUGAGCAAUCCAGCGCUUGCCAUGGACACAACGACUGGUGGUGGCCAUAGCCGACAGUUUUCCGAUUUCUCAAUUAAUAGCGCGUCUAUUGGUGCUCCCAAAUCGCGUAAACCGACCAAGAUCUUUGGCACCUUACCUCUGCCACUCGGACCCACCCCACAUCCUACAGACCAUCAUGGGCUUGUGGCGCUCUUGACCUCCAGUAAAUUGAUCAUCGUUGCACUCAAACCGACCCCCAGGACGUGUUGGAGGUGCAUGCGAAACGUCUCUGAUCCAAAUCAAAAUGGGGCCAUUGGCAGCUUGAGUUGGUUCCCAAGUUCGACGGUCAAGGAAGCUUCCGGCGUCAAGAAGAAUCACCAGUUAGACCCAACUAAUCGGAACGAUCCGAAAACUCAGCCACUCACUGGGAACGGAGUCGGGAUGGACCCACUGUUGGCUUUCUCUUGGGGCAAGACCAUCAGAUUUGUCACCGUCAUCUCCGAUCAUUCUAAAGGAACCCAUGGCGGUACAUCAUCUAACCAGCCAGAUAUCUUGGCUAAAGAGAGUUUCUUGAAAGGCUUCACUAGGAGGUUGGAAGGUAACUUCUCUAGUUUGAGGUUUGUCGAAGGUAAAAAAUGGAGCUGUAAUUCGAACGUCUUGGCUAUUCAAUGGCUCAGUUGGAGGAUUAUUUGUGUUUUGACCUCGACUCAUUUCGAGGUGAUUGAUACUCAGAUCUGGCAACGUACUGGAUUUGAGCCAAUCGAUCUACGUGGAGUCGUCCGAUUAAAUAUCUACAAGGAAGCCGCUCUCAAUCAAAGUUAUCCUAAUCCGCUCGCAACUCCUCCCAACAUUUCUUCUUCGGUCAUCGGCUCUGAUCAAUCUGUUGGUGGCUCAGUGGCGGGUAGCUUUAAAGCUUACAAAGGCAAGAUCUUCCUCCUUACAACCGAUGAUCUACGAUUGGGUAUGGUAGUUUCGUGGGCCGAGCAAAUCCUAGAAUUAGUCGAAGUGGGCUCCUUAACAGAAGCGAUUGACUUGACGACAUCAUAUUGGAUCGGAAGAGCCGAUCUAGAGACCAUUGGGCUACCCAGUGAUGAUUCAAUGCGGAAGUCGAUGGUCAAGCCCAAGCUAAUCGAGAUCAUGCGCGCUUCGUUGGAGUAUGUCUUCUCGGAUCGUAGGAUGGAGGAUGAUACCCAUUUCGAUCUUGACGGUCGUGGGGUCGAUCGGACGGAAUUGUUCGAAGGACUGGUUCGGAGCUGCGCUAAGGCGUCGAUCGCAAUCGGCGAAUUGGACUUCAUCUUUGAUGAAAUGUUCGAACAGUAUCAAGAACAUGGCAUCGAAACUAUCUUCUUCCUCCAACUCCAACCGUUCAUCCUGAAAUCCGAAAUCAGCACCCUGCCGACCGCCGUCACCCAGGGACUGAUUGGACUGCAUGAAGAUCGCAAGCAGUUCGAGCUGAUCGAUCAGAUCAUCCGUCGCGUUGAUCCGGCCUGUCUGGACAUCAAUCAAGCCUUAGCAAUCUGUUCGCGCGAGAUGUUACAUGAUGCAUUGGUGUAUAUUUACACUGAAGCGAUGAAUGACUUUGUCGGGCCGAUCGUCGAGUUCCUUCAUCUCAUCAAAUCGAUCCAUUCGAGUCGACAAAGGAUUCAACAAUACUGUGAAGAUCCGAACCUCCUCAACAGCAAUUCAGAUUUCGGACCAGAGAAUCCAGUGAAGGCCGAGGACCGAAUCGAAGGUCUUGUGCCGAUUGCCUACAAGAUCUUCCCAUACCUCUCAGCUAUCUUGAGUGGAUUGUCGUACCCGAAUAAGAUCCCAUACGAAUAUUCGAGAGCCUCCCGCGCCAAAUCGGAGGUUUAUCGGUUCUUGUUUUCGGGCAAAUCGAUGCAUUGGCCCCAGCCAGACGGAAAGCUAAUCUUGACCACUGAGGAGGGACAACAAGAACCGACCUAUCCAUACCUGCGGAUGCUAUUGAUCCUAGAUUCUGAAGCCAUGUUGGAUACCUUGGAUAUUGCCUUCGAAGAUUCCUGGUUACACGAUUAUCCUGAAAGGGAGUGCGAGAAACGGAUCGACCGGCAGCUGAUCAUCAAUCUCUUACUUGAAGUUACAUCCAGUGAUACCGAAUUCAGCGCCGGUGAUCGCACGUUCGUCUACAUCUUUAUCGCCAGAAACUUGCCCAAGUAUUCGCAAUUCCUCUCCCUGCCAAACUCGACCUUGCAUUCGAUCUUGAUCGGUCUGUCGACUGAUGAUGAUCGAAGUACAACCGAGGAUCGCCAACUUGCCGUCGAAUUUCUCUUAUCAGUUUACACUCCUCCUGAUGUUGAGAACGGGACGGGCGAUCUGUUAGAGCUCUUCAAGGAGGCCGGCUUUUGGAGGAUUCUCACUUCGAUCUAUAAUCAGAAGGAGAUGUGGAUCGAUGUUGUUCAUUCUCAAUUGAAAAACCCUGACCUCGAUCUUGGAAUCUUCGAUCAACUCUCUCAUACUCUACGGAAGAUCAACCGGCAAUCCUCCUCAUCCAAGUCGAGUCCAACGAAGGAGAAAGAUGAAUCGAUCGAAGUGAAGGCCAUUCAAGUCUUGUUGAAUUCCGUCAAUCAAUUGAUCGAAAUUAAUGUCCCUCAGACGGUCUGGUUAGUUCACAAAUUUAGACCUGAGACUCAUCUGGAAGUGGUUGAACGAAUUGGGGACAUGUCCAAUCAGUUCAGGUAUCUCCGAACGCUACUCGAGCCUUCUGAUCUCGAUUCCAAUGACUCAUUCCAGGCCGAAGUUGCAUUCAAGAAGCCUCUGGGCAUGAAGCCUGAAUUGUAUGCUACCACUCGGAUCCGCUACGUCGGCCUAUUGGGCAAGUUUGAUCCAGAGCAUGUGCUCGAUUAUCUCAAGUCCGAUACUCUUCUCGUUAAUCAUACCUCAGAUAUUGUCAAGAUUUGCCGCGAAGAACAGAUCUAUGACGCGCUUGUCUGGCAACUCGACCAAGCUGGAAAGACUCGAGCGUCAUUUGGAGAGCUCGAUCUCAUCCUCAAAUCGCAAGCCUCCUUCAUUACCAAACGGGUGGCUACCAAUCAUGACCAUCCUUCUCAAGCGGAAACUAAGACUCUGGAUUCUUAUGUCACUCAGUUGACUCGUUGCGCUCAUACGGCAGCUGAGAUUUGUGUGGAACGGACAAGGAAUCCUCAGGAUGGAUUGACCGGUGAAGAUUGUUGGUUCUAUCUGUUAUCGACUACCGUCCAGUGUAUCCAAGCCUGUGCUUCCUUGCUGCCUCCCCGACUACCCCCUCAGGGUUUUUCUUCAGUCCAUCCUCAUCGAGCUAGUGGUUCAGAAGAUUUAAACAGUCUCGUCGAGCAUCAAAAUGAUGUCAACCUGAACGCGAUCGCCAACUUCCAGGGACUAUUACCCUCGAUCGUCUCCUUCUUGAUCUCCCGAACCACAUCCUCCAAUCGGAUCUCGUUUUCAAACCUAGUUCGAAGGCUGAUUGAAUGCUCAUCGACCGAUCUCUCGACGGUCGAGUCGAAGAGUGGAAGCAUUCCCUCGAACGAGUUCCGCUCGAUCAUCCUGAUGAUCAUGGAUACCUAUCGGUUCGAGGGGGAUGUCUUGGAGGUUACCGGUCGGUUGAUCGAUGAAGACUUGUUCGAACAUGUCGAUCGGUUGGCUAAGGCUAAAGAAAAGGGUGUCCGCCCGGCCGAUCUGAGUUGCUUCAAGUGUCAGAAACCGAUCCUCAUCCACAGUCAUCAUCGAUCGUCUGUCGAAUCUGAGAGCUCAGAAAACAAUGAUGGGUAUGAGCAAAACCAACAACAAGAUGAUGAUGAUGAUGGUGAUGGUGAUGAUGAUGAUGGGGAGACGAUCAAUCAUCCGGACCGGUUACAGUUGAUCGAGAAGCUUGGGUUACCGGUGGUAGCUUCAGUGACGCCCAAUCGGAAGCAAUCGAUCAAGGGAAAAGAAGUGGAGCAAGUGUGCGAAGGCUACUCCUCGAGCUCCCUGUCUCCCUCGACCUUCAACCGCCAUCCGCAUUAUCAUCAACAUUUCAGCCAGCUCGAGCAAAGCCACGACGCUCAUUUGGGCGACUCCUUCUUGAACCGGAACCCGAACCCGAGCCAUCCCAACCAUCUCCUCCACCACCCUCCCUCACCCUUCCUCCUUGGCCCCCCGCCUCGAGCACCUCUCUCUAUCAUCGACCAUCUCCUUCCAAAUCCUGCCUCCCCUUCCUCCUCUCCCUCUAGAAGCCUGCCCAAACAGGCGUCCUCUCCCUUCGAUCCUUCCCCUCAUCUGCUCCUCUCUGAAUCCAAAUCGGCCUUGCUCGAUCGGUCCCUCACUUCUUCUUCCUCUUCUUCUACUCCUACAAAUCACUUCGACAGAUCCUCUAGAACUCAUCUCGGCAUCGUCGCCAAUCCUAACAAUCCUCAACCCUCCUCGCUUCUCAUUCAUAAUUCUUCUUCUAAUAUGACUACUACAACUACUCCACCCAGAAAAGAUCCGCUGGUCCAAUCGAAUGUAGGGACGAAUGGACAUCAUCAACAACACGCUUCUUCUUCUUCUUCGAACAAUCAUCAUCACCCGCCGAUCGGCGGCCACAUGACUCCCUCCUCUUCUCAUCAGAAUCUUCAGAAUCAUCCCUCUGAGAGCACGAAUUCUGACUCACUCUCGGGCUCGGCUUUGGACCCUCUGAAGUCUCGGAACACUAGGUCCGGGGACUCUACUCCUCAUCAGCGAGGGCUUCGCAAUCAGCACCAGCUUCGCGGACUCGUCAAUCGCCAGGCUGUCGUCCUCGCUGGCGACGGCAAAUGCUUUCAUCGAGAGUGUUGGAAUGUUUGGCUUUCUUCUUCUUAAAUUCUCUCUUUUCAGGACUAUCUUUUUUUCUAUCCUUUUUUUUUUUAGAUGUCGGCGGGGUUUCCUUCUCGUUCUCUUGUGUUGAUCUUCUCCUCUCUCUCUCGGCCCGUUUUUUUUUUUCUUUUCCUUCAAAAAAGUUGUCUUUUAUUUAUUCUAUCGUUUACCAAGACCAUAUGAAAAGGGGAGUUCGUUUAGUUCUUGUAUUGCUUCUUAUCGUUCUUGUCUUGUUUGUUCUCCGGGAGGGCGGCGGUUGAUCAAAGAGGGAGCGGGAAAACCAAAUCUUGGGAGUCCGGGUUCUCGUCUACAUAUUACACAGAGAAAGAAGAAUGGAAGCGUGAACGUGUUUUUCAGUUUUUGUUUAUUUUUUGGUUGGGUGGGUUGUCAGUCAGUCGGAUUGGUUGUCUUUGAUUGGUGUUCAGAUAUGAAAAAGAAAGAAAAACCGCAAGUUUUUUAUUCAUUGGAGCCCUUCUCUCACGUCUUUUUCAACUCUUUUCAAAAGCUUUUGCAGUCUUCUUCUUUAAUGUUAGAGACGUGUGGAAGGAUGGAGUGGAGGUAGUGGUGACCGAUUGGCUUGGUCGACUGGACGACAUCUUGGUAGCUUUGUUUUUUUGGAUGGGAUGUGCGAUCUUGACGACUACUCAACUCGCUCCACAAUCCACAUUCCUUCCUCCUCCUUUUCCUCAUCCAACUCCUCAUCCUCCUCCAGAUCUGUUGAAGUUACCUCGGUACAAGCAUACUCGGCAACCGGUUGUGUAGUGAUAUUCACAGUUGUAACCUAGAUGAAACCUAGUUGAGAUUGUAUUUAAGUAGUCAACUCGUUGUACCGUUUCCUACUUUUUCUUUUUCUUCAUUCAGUUUCAUCUUACUGUUUCAACUCAACUCGCACAACCAGGUGUGCUCGCUUCGUCUUCUCUUCAUCCUCAACUCGUGUAGUGUCUUACACUCGUCGGUCUUUCAUAAGGUGCUUAUUGGUUUCUUUUCUUCUCUUUCAUUUCUAUCUCUUUAUUUUUGAUCAAGAAAUUCAUUCAGUUUCAUCUUA